CCUAAACUAUCAAAGCUAUUGCUUUGAAACUUGGAGUACUUGUUCACCAUCAUAAGCUGACCCUGUAUAGCAAGAAACAUAACUCCAUCUUGCUUUUUGCAAGAUUUAUGGCCCCUUUUGUACUUAGAAAAUAUCAGGUUUCUUGGUUAAGUUUUAUGUUUAGGUCAACUUUUCUCCUAAACUAUCAAAGCUUUUGCUUUGAAACUUGGAAUACUUGUUCACCAUCAUAAGCAGACCCUGUACAUCAAGAAACAUAACUCCAUCUUGCUUUUUGCAAGAAUUAUUGCCCCUUUUGGACUUAGAAAAUCAGUUUUCUUGGUUAAGUUUUAUGUUUAGGUCAGCUUUUAUCCUAAACUAUCAAAGCUAUUCCUUUAAAACUUGCAACACUUGUUCACCAUCAUAAGCUGACACUGUACAGCAAGAAACAUAACUCCAUCCUGCUUUUUGCAAGAUUUAUGGCCCCUUUUGGACUUAGAAAAUAUCAGAUUUCUUGGUUAAGUUUUAUGUUUAGGUCAACUUUUUCUCUUAAACUAUCAAAGCUAUUGCUUUAAAACUUGCAACUCUUGUUCACCAUCAUAAGCUGACCCUGUACAGCAAGCAACAUAACUCCAUCCUGCUUUUUGCAAUAAUUAUUGCCCCUUUUGGACUUAGAAAAAUCAUUUUCUUGGUUGAAUAUUAUGUUUAAGUCAACUUUUCUCAUAAACUAUCAAAGCUAUUGCUUUAAAACUUGCAACAGUUUUUCACCAUCAUAAGUGGACACUGUACAUCAAGAAACAUAACUCUAUCCUGCUUUUUGCAAGAGUGAUGGCCCUUUUUAGACUUAGAAAAUCGUGGGUAGGACAAUAUUUCUAUUAUACAAAAAAAAUCAGAUUAGCGUCAGCACCCGCAAGGCGGUGCUCUUGUAUAGAAACUGUUUUAAAUUCAGAUCUAGAAAAAAUUUCCAGCUGGGCAAAUCAAUGGCUUGUAAAUUUCAAUCCUUCUAAAACUGAAGUCAUGUUUUUCUCCUUUAGAGAUAUAGCUCAACCUUCGUUAACCUUUGAUAAUACCCCUCUAAACUUCGUUGACGAUCACAAACAUCUAGGUCUUACAAUAAGUCAUGAUUGCUCUUGGCACACCCAUAUAAUCAAUAUCACUUCCUCAGCUUCAAAAGUACUCAGCUCGAUGAGAAUGUUAAAAUUCAAAGUUAAAAGGUCUACCCUCAACAACAUUUAUAUAUUGUAUCUAAGACCUCUACUCGAGUAUGCUUCAGUUGUAUGGGAUAGCUGUACUCAAUAUGAAAAGGACACUAUAGAAAAACUUCAAUAUGAAGCAGCUCGCAUUGUUACUGGUUUGACUCGUUCUGUUUCCAUUCAAAAUUUAUUAACUGAAGUUGGCUGGGUUUCUCUUGCAGACCGUAGAAUUAUGCAGAAAUUAAUAUUAGCUUAUAAAGGAAAUAACGGACUGCUUCCAGAUUACCUUAUAGACAUUUUUCCUCCAACAGUUCACAAUUCUAACAACUAUGAACUUAGAAACAACACCACUAAUUUUGUAACAUUGCCUAGUCGUCUCGAAAUUUACUCAAAAUCAGUUAUACCCGAUUCAGUAAAACUAUGGAAUAACCUUGACUCCCCGACACACAAUGCUAACACACUUACAUCUUUUAAGAGCAAAUUGAAGAAUAAAUUUAAAUCUCCAAUUGUUCCGUCUUUUUAUCUAAUAGGAGAACGAUUCUAUAAUGUAGUUCAAACUCGUAUUAGAAACCGAUGCAGCAACUUAAACAAUGAUUUAUUUUAUAACCAUUUACGAGACUAUCCCGAUUGCUCUUGUGGACAUGGUAUUGAAGAUGCGGAACAUUUCUUUUUUAAAUGUAGCCAUUAUGCCGAUGCUCGUCGAUUGUUAUUUAUCAAUACUCGAAGAUUUCAUCCUCUUAGUACUCACAAAUUACUUCACGGAAUUGAUUCACUUACUAUUGAGGAGAACAAAUCUUUGUUUUUAGAAGUACAAACUUAUAUAAAAAGUACACAUCGUUUCUCUAGUACUGCCUCCUGAUCUUUUGACUAUAUAUCUGUUUUGAAAGCUCUGGGUUGGGCUGGGUGUGGGAAUUCUGCAGCGGAUGCGAUGAGGUGCACUGAUUGACUUUACGCUUGUCUGUGUUAGUUUUAUUGUUUUGUUUUUUUUCUUUUCGAUUGUUUUUUUUCCCUGCUUUUCUUCUACUUAAUUUACUGUCUUAACUCUGCUUCUAUAUAAGUAAGUUUAUAUCUUAAAAUUAUAUGUUGUUAAGCAUGUAUAUUUUUUUCUAUUCUAGACCAAACAAAAAUCCGCCAUUUAGUUUAAUCUAACAUUAAUUUGACAGCCCGGGACGGACCGAUUUCUAAUGUUGGCAAAACUUGUGGUCCAACCCUUUUGUAUUAUCGCACAUUCGCAAAGUUACUGAAUACUUCCUAAUGUACAGUAGUAAUAUAUAUGUCUUGUAUAAUGAUAGUUUGUUGUUGUAUAUAUAUUUACAUAUGUAUCUGUAUAAUAUUGUCUUGAUGUACAUUACCAUAAUGUCUUGUGUGAUGAUUACAAUAAAAUAUGAUUAAACUAAACUUUAAUGAAUAUCUUUGAUAGUGUUCAAGACAUUUGACUUUAUCAAAAACUUGAACCAAAUUUUUUAAGUUAAAAAGGGGCAUAACUCUAAAGAAGUUGCUGACAGAGUAAUGUCCCUUGUCUUACAUGUGCACACUUACAUAUGCACACUGUCACUAUAUGCAAGUAUUCCAAGUUUCAGUUGAAUAUCUUUGAUAGUAUUCAAGAUAUUUGACAUUAAAGAAAAAUUUAACCGACGGCAGGGGGAGUAGUAUAGCUCUCCUUAUUCUCCGAAUAGUCGAGCAAAAAAUGGGUUUCCGUCGUCUGGCUCUAGUAACGUUCAACUGUCCACUAUAAAUAGGCAAAAACUUGACUGCUGAAUUAAAAAUUUACUGCAAACAAACAAACAUUAUAUACACAAUACAUAUGUAACAAAAUUGAUAUCUGGAUUUACUCCUAGUCAGUUUCAGACUGUACUGUUUUACACAUUCACAAGAAUUAUGAUGAGUAAAUACUUAUUGGCUAGCCCUGAUCUUUAUAACAUUUUAAAUGUGUAUCUAUAGAACUUUUCUGGAUUUACUUGAUAUUAAAAAAAAAUGUUUCUGCUUCUGUAGUGAAAACCUGUGAAGUGUUAGUGAAGCAGAAUAGUUACAGAUCAUAAGAGAUGCAGGUCUUUGUUCAGCAUGGUGUAUAUGGAAAACAUAGUGGAUGGCCAGCAUAGAAAACAUUUAACGGUGUGAAGCAACAGUCGAGCAGAAUGGUUACAGACCAUUAAUUCAGAACUGAAGAGAUGCAGGUCUGUACGACUGAGAUGUGUGUACCAGUCUAUCAGGCUAUCCCAUUCUGUCCAGUCAACAAAUUGGCAAUGGCUACAUGGAUUCUCAAAGAAAUAUAUGAAGAAGAGCUAUCAGCAGUAUGUCAGAGACACAGCAAGCACUUCACGUUGUUUUGCACAGAUUUGUGUUGCCCUUGAAGGAAUUGUCAUAAAAUAAGUACCUAAAAACCUGAAAUGAGAGCGCUUGGACAAUGUGAAGUUGGUCGCAUAGACGAGGAUUGACCACCUUUGUACAUAUAUGUCUACAGCUUCUCAGAUUUGACCGAAGACAGUUGUUCGGUGUUGUGAAUGGAUGUUGUUCGGCCGAAGGCCUUCCAAUCACACAGAAGAUCUUGGUUUGGUCACACGAAGGGUCACUUCCAUUGAUAUUAACUGUCACCGGAAAAAUUAGGAGCACCAGUUGUAGUUUCUCAGAUUUGACCGAUACCAUGUGUAACAUUGGAAGCUGUCAAAUUUUAGUGCAUAGUUCAACAAAGGUGGAACUUUCAGAUUUUAUUUGCUAUACAUCUGAGAUUGUACUGGUAAAAUAUUUUUUAGUUUGAAGAGAAAAAUAGAUCUAAAUAGGCACAAGACCACAGUUAUUUGCCCUUGGUUGACCACAAUACGGAAGUGGUUAUGGGGAAAAUAGUUCCUCUGUUUGAUGGUGAAUUUUUGAGUGAAAGACCUGCAAUAAAUGGCAUGAUUUAAUAGAGGAGAUAUGAAAUAGUAGGUACAUGUACAAUUUGACAAAAUGAGAAUGUCAGAAUAUGCAUAACAUGACUUUUUGAUAGGGCCUGUUUUGCCUGUUUGCGGCCAUCUAGAGAGUAUUCUUCAUACGCAUGUGAUUUGGUUCAAAAUUGUGGAAAAAAGAGCCGGUCAAGCCAAUGUUUACUGUGGCUGGAAUUUUUUCUCUUGAAUAGUUCUGUUGAGUUCAGGUAUUUUUAUAGGGGUUGGAAUGCAUGCAAAAUUGUUAUAGUGUCCAGUGCCUAUAUAGAACAUAUAGUAAAAAUAACUGUGGUCUUAGGCCAGCUCACUGCAGACUCGGUGUGGUCUUCUGCGCAUGCCUGGAAGUGUCUGCACGUACGGCAAAAAUUUGCAAAUAAUUGUAUGUUUGCAUGCAUUAAAUGUACAAAAUGUAUAAUAUACUGACUAAAGAUUAGGGUAUCACCAUGCUUACAAAAUAUAUACAUUUAAAGUACUUUUAGUUCAAAUUGCUUCAAUCUGACAUAUAUUUCAGUAGUCUGUUAUUUAUACCAGCGCUCAAACACUGCAUUGAGUCACAGCUGUUUCUAAUCCCGUACCAUACACGUACCGUACAUUUGUAAACUAUAGGUUUUGUAAAAAAAAAAAGGGGCGGAAACUUUCAUCAUUCUAUGCCAUCAAAAUGCUUCAGAAACAACUUAAAAUCCGCUUAUUAAGAAAUCUGCCAAUUGAUAAUUUUAUAUAUAUAUUUCUAAGUCAUUUGCUCAAACACUGAAAGAGUAUUUCGUACCAACCUGCGUUGUAUAAAUGCCCGCCACACCCCACGUCGUUGUAAUUUGAUUUAAGCAAAAUCUAAUAUGGUGACCUAUCAAUUUUC